AUGGAUGCUAAGGUAUUAUAUGCCUUCUGCGCAGAUAUUGUAGAAAAAUCUGCUUGCUUUGACCUGAAGCGGCAGAGAAUUGUCGCUCGUGAAGAAGCAACAGGAGUCAACGCAACUUCUACCAUCAAUGGUUCAGCCCGCUACUCUCGUAUUCGCGACUGGCGCACUAAUAGCACUGUGGCAUAG